CGGCGGCCGCCGCAAAGCGGGGCGGCUUUACGGCAGCGGCGGCCGCGGGCCCGGCGGCGCCAUGGAGGGCGGCAGCGGCGGCAACUCCAAGGGCAGCGGCCUCGGCGGCCUCUUCGGCGCCGGCGGGGCCGGGUACUCGCACGCCGACCUGGCCGGGGUGCCCCUGACGGGAAUGAGCCCCCUGUCCCCGUACCUAAACUUGGACCCCAGGUAUCUCGUGCAGGAUACGGAUGAAUUUAUCUUGCCUACAGGAGCCAACAAAACUCGGGGUAGAUUUGAGCUAGCCUUUUUUACCAUUGGAGGAUGUUGCAUGACAGGGGCAGCAUUUGGUGCACUGAACGGUUUGCGACUUGGCUUGAAGGAGACUCAGAAUAUGGCAUGGUCAAAACCUAGAAAUGUACAAAUUCUAAAUAUGGUGACAAGGCAAGGAGCGUUAUGGGCCAACACUUUAGGAUCUCUGGCUCUACUUUACAGUGCAUUUGGAGUCGUCAUUGAAAAAACACGAGGUGCAGAAGAUGACCUGAAUACCAUAGCUGCUGGAACCUUGACAGGAAUGCUAUACAAAAGCACUGGUGGAGUACGUGGGAUAGCACGCGGUGGUAUCGCGGGCCUGACGCUCACUGGCCUCUACGCUCUCUACAACAACUGGGAGCACAUGAAGGGCUCCAUAGCCCGGCAGUCCCUCUGAGCAGGGCAGCCAGCACUGGACAGAGGACACGGUUGCAUAGUCACCAAUCAAAUCAGUUGCAAGACCUGUCUGGUGCCCCUUCCUAUUUUAUUUACAAUUAGCGUGAAACUGAAGGAAGCUACGCUGGGAGGAACCUCUUGACACCAUUUGGCUGGACUGGCCCUUUCCUUCCUGCCAGCCACUUGCUGGAGGCAGCAAUAUUUGUUGGACCCACGAGUGAGCAGAGUGGCCACCAAGAUAGAGUCUCCCUGACACGCUCGCCAGCUAGCCCUGGGCCAGAGCUCCACAGCAUGCUCGAGUUCCAUAGCUGUACCUGCUGUGCUGCUGGGUCGGUUGGGUCGUGUGUGCCGCCCCGACAGCGCCACCUAAUAAAGCAAGUCUGUGUCCAUAGAGCUACGCACUGCAGUCCUUGAACACCCAGAGCCCUAAGCAGCGGCUGGCACAGGGCAAAGCUUGGCGCUCUUGCAGCUCAGGGUAAGCUGUUAAAAGGGAUACUGUAAUUAAUAAAAAGGGUGGUACUUAUGCAACA